UCAUACAAUCUUUCGCUUUUCGUAUUUGGAUUUGCCCGUGGUCAUCGCACACUCACCCCAUCUGCCACCAACAUAAAGUUAACUCAUCAUGUCAUCCACACUCGACUAUCUCAAGCAGUACACCACCGUGGUCGCGGACACGGGAGACUUUGAAUCCAUCGCUGCCUACAAGCCCCAAGACGCCACAACAAACCCAUCGCUCAUCCUCCAAGCGACCCAAAAACCAAACUAUGCUCACUUGAUCGAUACUGCCGUCCAGUACGCCAAGAAGAAGGGUGGAAGCCUUGAUGAGCAGGUCGAACUCGCGGUUGACAAGUUGUUGGUGAACUUUGGUUCCGAAAUCCUCAAAAUCGUCCCUGGCCGAGUCUCAACUGAGGUUGAUGCCCAUCUGUCCUUCGACACUGAGGGUACCAUCAAGAAAGCUCUGGAAAUCAUUGCUUUGUACAAGGAGGCCGGCGUCGACUCUAACCGAGUCCUCAUCAAGAUUGCUUCCACCUGGGAAGGAAUUCAAGCUGCCCGCGUCCUCGAACGCGAUCACAACAUUCACUGUAACCUCACCCUUUUGUUUUCCUUUCCACAAGCUGUUGCCUGUGCCGAAGCAGGUGUGACGCUUAUCUCUCCGUUUGUGGGACGUAUUCUGGACUGGUACAAGGCAAAGACUGGAAAGGAUUACCGGGGUUCCGAAGACCCUGGCGUCCAGUCUGUCCAGAAGAUCUACAACUAUUACAAAAAGUAUGGCUACAAAACCAUCGUCAUGGGUGCCAGCUUCAGAAACGUGGAGGAGAUUGAAGAGCUGGCUGGCUGCGAUUUCUUGACGAUCAGCACGAAAUUGUUGGAGGAAUUGGCUAAAACGACCAAGCCUAUCGAACGCAAGUUGAGUCCUGAGAAGGCGCAGGCUUUGGACAUCCCCAAAGUGUCUUACGACGAGAAGAAGUUUAGAUGGGAGUUGAACGAGGAUGCUAUGGCAACCGAAAAGCUUGCUGAGGGUAUCCGGAACUUUGCUGCGGACGGCAGGAAGCUCAAGGACAAUAUUAAAGCGAAACUCCAAGCGUAGAGCGCAGGAUUUAGCUCUAGAACGGGGCACUAUGUUCAUAGCAUCUACACUCUUGUGGUCUGAUCAUGCACUUUUGCAUGAGUGCACAUAUCUGUAAUGAGCGCAACAGGGAUUCUGUAAUGUAGUUUCUGUGUGACAGUUUUAUGCAGUGUUUUUAUCGGAUACUCUUAUCUAGCAUCUCUGGAUCCAUCAG